GUUCUUUCUCCCAGUCUUUCUCCUUCUCUCUCCACCCGCUUCUCUAGUUUCGCCGACCAGAUCAACCAUGGAGCCAUUAUCGAGUGGCCGGGGGCGGUGGAUCGGGUACGUCGCCAUGUCCACCGACGAGAUGACGUGGCGGCUCGGGCGUUGCGAGGUGGUCGUCUUGCUGUAGUCGGUGCGCCUCAACCCGUGCGAUCUGCACCCUAACGUCAAGGUGGAUUCUUGGUUCCUCAGCCUGUACACCUCCGCCGUCGGCGCCUCUCGCGCGGAUCCGUCGUCGGCUGCGACGGGAGGGGUGGAUCUGGCGACCUCUUCCCCUCCUGCAUGGAUCCCGUCAUCUCUCCGCUCCCCUCUUGUGCGGAUCCGCCAUCCGCGGCGACGUGAGGGUGAAUCCAGCGACCUCUGUCGUCUCUCCACCCUCCGCUCGUGCUGAUCCGCCGCCGGUGAUGAUGGGAGGGACACAGGUGGGGUGGCAGACUGGCAGAUGGGGCGACGACCUCGAUGAUGGCGACACAUGUGGGCUAGGCGCCAUCGCAAUCUUUUCGCCUGGGUUAGAUAACAUGUCUGUUUUGCUAGCUGUUCGGCCGGCCGGAGAGGAGGGUUUCAAGCUGUGGACGAAGGUGCACCGAGGAGAGCGCAGCCAAGUGGUGGUACCGAGUGGUGGUACUGAAGAUUUCAGGGGCCCGGGAAUAUGGAUGUGUGUUCUUUGCUUGUUGGGGUUUCUGACCUAGGCGGAGGCGGCAAGGUGGGGCUGGUGGCGUUGGACGUCGCGCUCACGUUCCCGCAGGCCACGAUGGCGUCCUAGUUCCUGUCUGCCGGUCCAAGAAAUGGGGAGGAAAUGGCACCAUGUCGCCGCGGCGCUGGCCGUGGCCUGCGCCGCGACGGCGGCCGCCACCGUCGCCGCCGCGGCCGACAGGGGGCUUUGGUCCGCCGCCGCCGCCGCCGUGGCGGAGGAGGGGGAGGAAGCGAGCCACCUGCGCAAGGUGGCCAACUUUUUGUGGCGGAGCGGCGGCGAGAACUCCUACCACCACGUGUGGCCGCCAAUGGAAUUUGGAUGGCAAAUUGUGCUGGGGUCAUUUGUCGGAUUCAUUGGAGCGGCGUUUGGGAGUAUAGGCGGUGUAGGCGGCGGUGGGUUCUUCAUGCCGAUGCUGACCUUGAUCAUUGGGUUCGACGCAAAGUCAUCCGUGGCGAUAUCAAAAUGUAUGAUAAUGGGAGCCGCUGUGUCGACUGUGUACUGCAACCUUAAGCGGAAACACCCAACUUUGGACAUGCCAGUGAUUGACUAUGAUCUAGCCCUUCUUAUCCAGCCGAUGCUCAUGCUAGGAAUUAGUAUCGGUGUCAUUUUCAAUGUGAUAUUCCCUGAUUGGCUGGUCACAGUUCUCUUGAUCAUCCUUUUCCUAGGCACUUCAACUAAAGCUUUUCUGAAGGGUAUCGAGACAUGGAAGAAAGAGACAAUAAUAAAAAGGGAGGCAGAAAAGCGAUCAGAGCAGACAAGUGAAGAACUAGAGUAUAGACCAGUUCCUGCAUCUGAGUCAAAACCCCCUUCAGAUGAAGCGGUAUCUAUUUUGCAUAAUGUUUACUGGAAGGAAUUUGGACUUCUUGCCUUUGUUUGGAUAGCAUUCCUCGCACUUCAGGUUACUAAGAAUUACAUGCCAACUUGCUCCACGUGGUACUGGGUUUUGAACUUAUUGCAGAUCCCAGUGUCAGUUGGGGUGACCAUGUAUGAAGGACUAGGAUUGAUGCAGGGGAGGAGGGUCAUAUCAUCAAAUGGAAAUGAGCAGACCAACCUAAAAUUUCACCAGCUACUUAUGUACUGCUUUUUUGGAAUAACUGCUGGAAUUGUUGCCGGUCUGCUUGGUGUUGGGGGCGGCUCAAUCCUAGGACCCAUGUUCUUGGACCUUGGUGUCCCUCCACAAGUCGCAAGUGCCACUGCCACCUUCUCAAUGAUGUUCUCGGCUUCCAUGUCUGCUGUUGAAUACUACUUCUUGGACCGAUUCCCUGUGCCAUAUGCUCUUUACUUGACCGUUGUGGCAUUCUUUUCUGCGAUUGUCGGCCAGCGAAUGGUAAGGAAGGUGAUCAAUUGGUUAGGGCGUGCAUCGAUCAUUAUCUUCACAUUGUCCAUCAUGAUCUUCCUCAGUACAAUCCCUCUAGGUGGAAUCGGUAUCGUGAACUGGAUUGGCAAGAUUGAGCGACAUGAGUACAUGGGAUUCGAAGACAUAUGCAAGUUUGAUGCAUAGGAGGAAGGUAAACAUGGGCACUAUAUAUACUGUGCAGUUUCAGCCAAUGGAACACAUAUAUCAUCAUAUUUGCCUGGUCAGAUUGCAGCAUGGAGAUUGUUUUUUCGCCCUGUAAAUUCAAGACAGUUGUAUAUUGAUAUUGUCCCUCAAUUGAUAGUAGCUCGGAGGAGACAAAUUUACUGUACUACUCACUCCAUCCUAUAAUAUAAGGGAUUUUAAAUAGAUAUGACAUAUCUUAGUACAAUAAAUCUAAACAUCCACCCAAAAUCCCUAUAGGACGGGACUAGUAGUUUUUUUAGGUGUUCAGACAUGUGAACUCUCCUACAGCAAGUAGUAGUACGUCCAUAAAGCUGUGAACUGUGAAGAGAGAAUAACAAGAGCAGGUCCAGUAUAUUGUUCAUUUUUACUGGUUUCAGUGUAGUGAAUUUA